GAGUACGUUUGUUAUGUCGUGUCCAAUCCGCGGUGAACACAAUAAACGGGCAGCGAAUAGAAAGCGUCUGCUGCUUAGUGGACUGCUCACACGUCCAAUGGCCCAAGUGAGUAGCAGUCAAUCUGUGGUGCGGCGGUGGUGAACACACUGGAUGGGACAGGAGGACAGCUCUACAUGGGGGACGCAGGCGAUAGCGGCUGGUACCACAGCUCCUACUACACCCCGCGGGGACAGAGCCUUUCCACAGGAGAUUUCCGUAGCGCUUCAGGACGCGUCGGUGGUGGGGAUUGACUUGAUGAAAUAACUAAGCUCGAGUAUGAACAUUUCUUUGAGAUAACCAGAAUAUUUCAGUUGGAGCACGGGGAGAUUUCCAUAGUCGGAGAGAAGGAGAGGUGGAGAGAGAGGGCCAUGCACAAACACCCAGCCGCGUUGUAAUCGCCGUUAUCUCGGUGUCAGUGUGUUUUCAGUGCCCCCUCCUCCUCUGAGCAUGGUCUGACUAAAUCACCUCUCUGGAUGAUUUGAUGGGGCUGCUCAGAGUCAUGAUGCCGCCCAAGUUGCAGCUGCUGGCGCUGCUGGCAUUCGCAGUGGCCAUGUUCUUCCUGGAGAACCAGAUCCAGAAGCUGGAAGAGUCUCGGGGAAAGCUCGAGCGAGCCAUCGCCAGACACGAGGUGCGAGAGAUCGAGCAGCGACACACGCAGGACAGCCUGCGAGAGCGGGACUGGUCGGCUUCAUCGCCGUCUGACAACGAAGACGACUUGGUCAUCAUCUACAACCGUGUGCCCAAGACGGCCAGCACGUCUUUCACCAACAUCGCCUACGACCUGUGCGGGAAGAACCACUACCAUGUGCUGCACAUAAACACGACUAAGAACAACCCAGUCAUGUCCAUUCAGGACCAGGUGCGGUUUGUUAAGAAUGUGACUGAAUGGAAGGAAAUGAAACCAGCCUUCUACCAUGGACACGUCUCCUUCCUGGAAUUCACCAGGUUUGGGGUGAAGAGGAAACCCAUCUACAUAAAUGUGAUCCGGGAUCCUAUAGAAAGGCUGGUGUCCUAUUAUUACUUUUUACGCUUUGGGGAUGACUACCGACCCGGCCUGAGACGUAGGAAACAAGGAGACAAGAAGACAUUUGACGAGUGCGUAUCAGCCGUUGGCUCCGACUGUGCUCCUGAGAAGCUUUGGCUCCAGAUUCCCUUUUUCUGUGGUCACUAUUCUGAAUGCUGGAAUGUGGGCAGCCAAUGGGCUCUGGAGCAGGCGAAGUACAACCUGGUGAAUGAGUACAUGCUGGUCGGUGUAACAGAGGAGCUGGAGGACUUUGUGAUGAUGCUGGAGGCUGCACUGCCACGAUUCUUCAGAGGAGCCACAGAGUUGUACAAAACAGGGAAGAAAUCCCACCUGAGGAAGACCAGCGAGAAAAAGCCGCCCACAAAGGAGUCAAUCGCCAAGCUGCAGCAGUCGUCCAUCUGGAAGAUGGAGAACGACUUCUAUGAGUUUGCACUGGAGCAGUUCCAAUUUGUCAGGGCUCAUGCUGUCAGAGAAAAGGACGGGGAACUCUACGUGCUGGCACAAAACUUCUUCUAUGAAAAAAUCUACCCCAAAAACUAAGGAGACAUAUGUCAAUAGAAGCGUUUUAGAUGAAGACGGACACUUUAUACAAGCUUAGAUGAGUGGGCUGAGACUGAGGAAAGUGGAAUAGACCACCAUUGACUGCGUGGCUGGUGGACAUAAUGUCGAGCUGUAAGAACAUGUCUGCCUGUGACGCAACGAUCAGACCGCUCACAUUUGUGCCAGCAAACUGGAUUAGUAGACUGCAUUCGAAGAAGCUCCCGGAGCUCCAGUCCCUUUCACUUCAACGUCGGCAGUCAGUCUGCGCAGAGUGAGCCUCUGCUGGCAAGUGGUCAGUGACGUCCAACCCCAAAAGCUGAUCAGAUGUGACUCUGGUUGGCUUCAGUAUUCUGUGAUCCUGAUAAGACGUUUUCAUUGGCUCUGUACUGUUUGGUUGUGUUUGGUUGUAUUUGAACUCUUACGUAUGGUUUUGUAAAGACAGUGACAUUUUCAAGGCAAACAUCCCCUCACCACCACUACCACCACCACCACUAACUUUUGACAUUCUAAGUGUAAGAAACUGACUACUGUGCUGUAAUAUUGGACUUGGAAUUGGACGUUUUGAGGUUUUUAUGAAAUAAAAAGUCCUGUGACCAGGGACUACUUAAUUGGGCAAUUGUGUAUGUUUUGUAUUGUAUUUGAUGGGUUUUGUUAGAUGACUCUUGUUAAUGUGCAGCUUUGCCCUGGGCCUUUUCAAGGGGAAUGUAGGAAGCUUUUACACACAUUGUCAAACUGUGUCAGAACACUAAUGUGAAGAUGCUGCUGCUGUAAAUAUUAACAUUAACCGUUUUAUUCUGUUAACAAUUGGGCAUUGAUAUGUUUGUAAAUUUAAUUUCACUUUUUUAUGUUAUCUUUUUCAUUUAAAUGCAAGUUUGCCCACGAUAUAUGGGCAACCUUGUAUUAAGCAUUAGUUAAAUUGGGAAUGUAUUCACUUUCUUACCAAGAAUAAGUAAGAUACAAAGAUCUCACAUCAGUUUGUUCAAUAUAAGAGAAGGGUAAACUAUCGGCAGCAUGUUAUUGUUUUGUUGUUUGUAAUGAAAGAGAGAGAAUCCAUCAAUUGUCCCAAAUGUCAAACUAUUCUUUUCAGUCUUUAAAUGUUUUUUGUUUUAGCAUCUGUCUACAUAAACAUUGAUGGGGAAGUUGGCAAUAACUUUGCUCAUUUGCUUACUAUCUUUUCAUCUCAAUUUUUCUUUAAGGUUUGCUUGAUUUCUUGGUAUUUUGGGCCUUUUUUUGGUAGGUCAAAUUGCUUGUUUCCCAUCAUGGUAAAUUAAUUUUUGACAAUGGGCACAGUCUCAUGUUGAAUGGUGUGAAUGCAAAGUAAUCUGGAACAGCCACAUUUAAUCUUGGAUCAUGGAUGUACGUUAACACCAUUUUCAAGUCCCUUCAAUGACUAAGGAAUUGAUGCUAGUUUUCAUCCAAGGACAUUCUGUAAUUUACCUCUCAGUCUCUGUGUGCCUUCUCUACGCCCAGUUCUGCUUAUUUUGUCAUUUGGAACAGUAAAAAAAACAUGGCUGC